UCGUGCAUGUGGAAACAUUUGUUAGUUCAACCUGACCAAUUUAUCUAUUCCUGUGGCUUUAAUUGGAUGCUGGCAAGCUAGAUCUGUGGAUGGAAACACACAUACGAUAGCAAGAUUAAAGAAAGAGUGCAACAAGAGGAGAACAUCAAUAAAAAAGUUUAACCACUCUCAGAAUGUAAGGAGGCAGAUUGAUCUGAGCAGCAUGAAUGAAGUUGUGUCUGACUCGUCUGAUCAAGCUCCAGAUGCACAGCCAUCUCCACUCCCAACACUCAGUUGGGGCAGCUCAGAGGACGUUUGGAGGAAAAUGCUGAUUAAAGAGAUAAAGUACAAACACAGCAAGAGCAGUUUAGACAGACACCCAUCGCUGCGACCCAAAAUGAGAGCCAUGCUGCUCGAUUGGCUCAUGGAGGUGUGUGAAUCGUACGUACUUCACAGACAGACCUUCUAUCUGGCUCAGGACUUCUUUGACAGGUACAUGUUGUCCCAAAGUGACGUGCAGAAGAAUCAACUGCAGCUCAUAGGAAUCACGGCUCUGUUCAUCUCCUCCAAAAUAGAGGAAGUAUAUCCUCCAAAAAUCACUGAGUUGGCUUUUGUGUCUGACGGAGCAUGUCUGGAGGAGGAGAUCCUGCAGAUGGAGCUGAUCAUGUUGAAGGCGUUAAACUGGAAUCUUUGUCCAGAGACUGUGCUCUCGUGGAUGAAGCUCUACAUUCAGAUCGCAUCGCUGUAUGAAGUCACCAAUCUAUUAGAGCCUCAGCUUUCUCAGGAAACCUACAUUCAGAUCACACAGCUCUUAGAUUUGUGCAUCCUUGAUAUCAACUCUUUGGACUUUAAAUAUGGAGUCUUAGCAGCGGCGGCUUUUAGCCACUUUAUGUCAGCUGAUGUCGUCCAAAAAGUAUCGGGACUGAAGUGGGAGGCCAUUGAGACCUGUGUGAACUGGAUGGCUCCUUUCGUGGAGACCAUGAUGUGUUAUGAGAGCGCACAGCUGAGAGAAUUUGGCCAAGUGCCUUCUGAGGACAGACACAACAUUGAGACACACGUGGACUACCUCUGCAUGCUGAAAGAGGCUCAGGAGAAGCAGUCAAAAAGCCUGGAGCCCUUAUUCCCACCAACACCACCCAGCAGUGCUGAGAAACCCAGCCAACACUAGUGUUCAUUCAGCAGGAUCAGUGAACUGUGAUUUUUACUGUCACUCUAGCUCUAGACUUCAUCUCGAGCUCAGGUCAUUCAACAUAAUAUGUGCACUGCUAUUUAAGUAGCAAAAUAGACUUCAAGAAACAACACUGUUUUAUAUUCUGAAUAAACAUUCCCUGUGAUUAUUAUGGUUCUUAUACUUAAAAAUAUAGUGCAAAUAAACAAGAGCAGGCCUCAGAAUUUGUGUAGGAAUUUUGUACAUUUUCUAUUUUAUUUUUAUGUUUUUCUCUGGAGUCUAAAUGAUGACUUCCUAAAAUUUGAUUAAUGAAAAUAUCAAAUUUCCUGCCAGUCCAAUGUUCAUUAUACAGCAUAGGGUUAAUUUGUAUAUAGAAUGUAAUAUGUUUACAUUUUCUCAUUUCAACUUUACCAAAAGCAUUAAAUUGUGCAUUUGAUUGUUCUUUAUUGACACAUAAUUGUGAAAAUUAGAUGUGUGUCAAUGUGUGUGAGUCUGUAUACAUUUGUAUAUUUUAAAAAUAGGACAAAACAAAUUAGCAUAGCCAUAUUUAUUUGACAAGUUAAAAAAAAAAAACCAGUAAAAAAAAAAACACUCCCUUGGAAUGAAAUUAAAAGUAGAGUUUAGCCAAGGCCUGUAGGAAUUUCUUCUGCCUUUUUUGUGCUGCAAGCUUCAGGACUUCCUCUGGAUUACUGGAGUUUAACUCUGUCUAUCCAAUGGCCUUGAUCUGUGUUCAAAAAGAUUAACCAUCAU